AUGCUUCAAGUCACAUGCGACUUCUCAGUUACGGUUUCUACGGAUGGGAGGCCGUACACUGAUUUUAUGAAUCACAAACUUGGAGAAAGCGUGGAGUCAUACUGUGAAGCAAAUCUUUUAGAGUUCCGUAAAAUUGCGGAGAGAAAGUGUAGAAUCCACUGGUGGUUUUACGAACCCCGAACGAAGGAAUUAAUCUGCAUUUGCAACGUGUCCGACGUGCAGGAGGAAGACGGAAGGCUGUUAAUAAAAGACGGAAAUUCUCGCGGGAUUUUGUCAAUUUCUGAAUAUAAGUUUAAAGAAUAUGAUGAUAUCCAGCAAGGGUCAUUCGCAUAUACACUGAAAAUCUGGACCGAGUCGGACGUAUAUCAAACUGCUCGCAAUCUAUUUCCUCCUAUAGCACACACUGUUAGCUUCGAGCCACAGGUGCUUUGUGAUCCGAUACCAUCAGAAGAAAACACCUAUCGUUGUGUGAUUGUACACUACAACUUUGAUCAUGUGACAUGGGAGUAUCCAGAAAAUUGGGUCGGCCCAGCGAGAUAUCUCAGAAAUAUUACCUACGAUGAGAGCAACAUAACUGUUCAAGUCGUCGGAAUGCAUUGGCCACCAAAGCAUUCAAUUGACAGUAGGCUGAUUCAUGUGGAUACUGUCAUGGCAGUCGAUGAACGAACAACCGACAUCUGCAGGUUAUUUUUCGAAAAAAUCGACAAACCUCGAUUGAAGUCUUUGAAGAAAUGUCGUUUGGAAUUCGUUGAAAGAGGGGUCACUAUUCAACCGAAAUUCCUAGCAAAGCUAAACUUGCUAAUGGAAGUAACACGCGUCCCUGGGAAUACAAACGAGAGAAAAGCAUUGGGGCUGGCUAAAUUAUUGAAGCAACAUGAAGGGCACUGCAUAUUUCCUGUCAAUUUACGAGAGGAUAGUGCCUCUUACGGUAUGCAUAUUUAUUGA